UUCUGAGGUGAAUAAGUAAAUCAGUUGUUUUUGUUAUUUUUUUUGAUCAUUUUUUUGCUGUAAUUACAUAAAAACUGCUUAAGCCAUGAGCGAAUUAUGACAUAUUUUGUGUUAUUUUAACAAAAAACGACGGAAAUCUCAUUAAAAUUCUUAGUUUAGUUAGCAAAAUCCCGAAUAAAAGAUCAAACAUGAACAAAGAGAUGCGGGUCCUUCUCCUGUUCUUCGCCUUUUGCAGUGCCACAAACGCCUGUUACUCCAAAAAAUACAAGCCAGUCUUCCUGAUUCACGGAAUUAUGACGGGAUCUGAGAGCAUGUUGCUGAUCGAAGAGGAAAUUAUUCGACAUCAUCCUGGAACAAUUGUUUACAACACGGGACGCUUUUCGGGAUGGUAUUCCCUUGAAAAUGCCUGGUAUCAGGUACAGAGACUCGGAGAAGAUGUGAUGAAGGUGUGCAAAGACCAUCCUGAAGGCAUUCACUUGCUCGGAUACAGUCAAGGUGGCUUGCUAUCGAGAGCAAUUCUGCAAUCGCAUCCCGAACACUGCGUGAAAAACUUUAUUUCGUUGAGUUCGCCGCAAGCUGGGCAGUUUGGAGACUCAUUUUUGCAUCUGAUAUUCCCCUCGUUGGUGGCAAAAACGGCUUUUGAGCUCUUUUACUCGCGCGUUGGACAACACACGUCCGUUGGGAAUUAUUGGAAUGAUCCGCAUCAUCGAGAAUUAUAUUUUAAGUACAGUAUCUUUCUGCCAUACGUUAACAACGAGAUUCAAUCUACCAACUCGUCGAUUUUCCGUGAUAAUCUUCUCAAAUUGGACAAAAUGAUCCUGAUCGGAGGUCCAAAUGACAGUGUCAUCACUCCGUGGGAAUCCUCGCAUUUCGGUUUUUACGACGAGGAUGAUAAAGUUGUGCCGAUGCACGAACGAGACAUUUACACGAUGGACAAAAUUGGGCUUCGCACGCUGGAUGAGAAGAAAAAACUCAAAAUAAUUACGGUUCCGCACGUGCAUCAUUAUGCCUGGCAUCUCAAUAUCAGCGUAAUUGAUAACGUAAUUUUACCAUAUCUAGACUGAAUCAGAGAUUUUAAUCAGAGGGAGAGUUGAAGAGUGAACAAAUAUAUAUUUUU